AUGUCUUCCACUCUCUUUCCCGGUGUCGCUUUGAUCACCGGCGCCUCCUCCGGUAAGCUCUACAACCCAUGCAUAUCUACUUCCAUCUCACCAACACCACAUCCCUCANNAGGCAUCGGCAAAGCAACAGCAACAGCAUUUGCCCAAGAAGGCUGUCCCCGCAUCGUCCUCGCCGACAUCUCCGAAACCUCUUUGGACCAAACCCACUCUUCACUCACCAAAGCCUUUCCUUCUGUCCAGUUUCUCGCUGUCGUGACUGACAUAUCCUCUCCCUCUUCCGUCCGCGAUCUGUUUCGUAAAACUCUAGACACAUUCAAGAGGGUAGACUAUGCAGUAAACUGUGCCGGUGUGCUAGGCUCUGCAAAGAAAUCCCACGAAAUGACUUUGGAGGAGUUUGAUCAUAUUGGAAACAGAGGCGUUAUUGUCAAUGUUGCUUCGCAGUUGGGUAUUGUGGCUAGACCUCAAGCACCUGCCAUCAUCGGACUGACCAAGUCAGAUGCUUUGGACUAUUCGGCUCACAACAUCAGGGUUAAUUGCGUGUGCCCUGGUGUCAUUGAAACACCACUCAUCAACGAUGAGGUCAGGAAAGCCAUAUCUAUUGCUCCCAUGAACAGAGCAGGCACGCCAGAAGAGAUAGCCGAUUGCAUUCUGUUCCUCUGCUCGCCCAAGUCUUCUUUUGUGCAGGGUGCUGCCUUGGUCGCUGACGGUGGUUACACUAUAAACUAG